AUGGUAAAGAAAUUAUCACCGGCACUGAAAGGUUCUAAAUCUAAAAAGAGUAAGUCUUUUCCUAAAAAGAGUAAGUCUGCAACUAAAAAGAGUAAGUCUGCUUCUAAAAAGAGUAAAUCUACUUCUAAAAAAGGUAAAUCUACUUCUAAAAAGGGAACAAGAGGAAAUAAGUCCGUCAAGACAGCGAGUCCAAUUGUGGCAUCAUCACCUUUACCACCUUCUCCAUCUUCAAGUGUCGUCGUCACGCAGACAAGUGCAGCCACCGAUAAGGGCGGUGUGAAACGGCAAAGGUUAUUGCAAAAAGGCCGUGGUGUCGUCGAUCCAUUUUCGGGGAAAGCUGAUUCAUGUCAUGUAUACGAAAAUGGUGAAGAUUUGUACCAGUGUACUUUGAAUCAGACCAAUAUUUCCUCAAAUAACAACAAGUAUUACAUAUUACAACUUUUGGAGCCAGAUCAUGGGGGACCGUACUACGUCUUCACCCGCUGGGGACGUGUGGGUAUUAGUGGUCAGAACAAGACUGAAUGUUUUUCUAACGUUCAAGAUGCGGUGAGGUCGUAUUGCAAGAAAUUUUACGAAAAGACUCGUAAUUGUUGGAGUAAUCGUGCAAAUUUUAAGAAGGUAGAAGGACAAUACUACCUCAUGGAUAUUGACUAUGGCGCGGAGGAAGUGGAAAAAAAGGAUUCUGCACAAGUUAAAAAAAAGAAGAAAAUGGAAAAGAAGGAGGUGGUGGAAUCUGCACUACCAAAGGAAUUACAGUACCUUAUGCGACUUAUUGGAAACAAGGACAACAUGACACAAACGAUGAGGGAGUUGGAUAUUAACACAGACCAAAUGCCACUAGGAAAGAUAUCAAAGCCACAGAUCCUACGUGCAUAUGAGGUACUUAAAGGAUUGGAGAAGGAGUUGAAAAAACCUCGACCGAAACUAGAAGAAAUGUCAGGUCAGUUCUACACACUGAUUCCGCAUGUUUUUGGGAAUCGUAAACCACCUGUUAUUGAUUCUAUGAGUAUGCUGCGAAAGAAAAUGGAGAUGUUAGAGACAUUGGGCGAGUUGGAGAUUGCGGCGACUCUCCUCGAAACAAAUGAAACAGAAGGAAUGCAUCCACUUGACAGUGCGUACAAGAGCUUGAAUUGCGAGAUUCGUCCGUUACCGCAGAGCGAUCCUGCUUUCAAGCGUAUUGUUGAAUACGCGAGCAACACACAGGGACUCACUCACAAUUCCUAUACACUUGAGGUUACGAAUGUAUUUACAGUUAAACGAGAGGGUGAGGAGAAGCGAUUCAAGUCAUUUAAAAAACUCGGAAACCGACAGAUGUUAUGGCAUGGAUCACGUGUUACUAAUUUUAUGGGUAUUCUCUCACAGGGAUUGCGCAUCGCCCCACCUGAGGCCCCAAGCACAGGUUAUAUGUUUGGAAAAGGUAUUUACCUGGCUGACGUGUGUUCCAAGUCGGCCAACUAUUGCUAUCCAGCGAAAGACACAAAAACUGGGCUAAUGCUACUUUGUGAAGCGGCACUUGGGAAACAGGAAGAACUUUACAGUGCACAAUAUAUGGAGAAACCGGUAUCAGGGAAAAAUGCAACAAAAGGUGUCGGUCGUAUGUAUCCAGAUCCUGCAGGUGCGGAGGUUGUGGACGGCAUACUAUGGCCGAAAGGUAAAUUAAUAGUGAAUGACGAAAUUAAAACUCAUCUUAUAUACCCUGAACAUAUUAUUUAUGAUGUUGGUCAGUGUACAUUGAGGUACUUGGUUAUGGUAAAGUUCUGUUACAAGUAA